AUAUAUACAACUGUCAGUCCACAAAAUCACAACAAAAAAAUCAUAAUAAAGUAGCUAAACCAACCUAAAAAUAAUAUUAAUAACAUUUAAUAAAAUAAUAAUCAAGAUCAUAAUUAAUAAGUUAAAAAAAUGAGAAACACAAGAAGAAGAAAUCAAGGUCUUGAAUAUGGCAUUUACUUAUUAGGAAUGCAAGCAAUGAAUUAUGGACUUGACAAAAUACCACCAGUAACAUUAAUUGGUGUCAUUGGCCAGGCACUACUGUAUGUUGGAUUGAUCCAGGUACCAUGGAACUCUGAGGAUGUUUGUAUAUCAGCAUUAAAAAUAAUAAAAAAUAAAGAUUGGAGAUCAUUUGUGGUAUCAAAUUUUGAGCAUGGAUCUGAUAUGCAUCUUUAUUAUAAUAUGGUAUCAUUUAUAUUAAAAGGUGGAUACCUGGAGCCAAAAUAUUAUUCAAUAAAUUUUGGUAUACUAAUUGGUAUACUGUCACUUGGUUGUAGUACAAUGUAUGUUGCUUUGUCAUAUGGAUUGAUGCAAAUAACAGCUGAUUGGAAUUAUUAUACAACAUGUGCUAUUGGUUUUUCGGCUGUUUUAUUUGCUCUUAAAGUUAUUGUUAUAUGUGAAGAACGUGAUAGAUUACAUGACGUUGGUGGUUUUCGUGUACCAAGUAAAAUUGCUGUUUGGGUUGAGCUAAUAUUAAUACAUUUAUUAGUACCAAAUGCAUCAUUUGUUGGACAUCUUGGUGGUAUUUUAGUUGGAUGUAUUUAUUGCUACACAUUCAUUGGUACUUAUAUUGAUAAUAUAAUCUAUUCAAUAACUGGUAAACCAAUUAUUCAUGAAGAACCAUUCUACAGACGAAGAUCAUGGUUUUAGAUUUUUCGUGAAUUUAUUUGUGA